AUGGCAGCCAAGUCAGAUAAAAAGCGAGCCCGAAAAACGGUAGAUAAGGGCUCUAAUUCUAAAAAGAAAAGUCGAGGAAGCAGCAAGUCGCGUCCUUCGCUUGAAAAGGAUGAAGAAGAACUUGCUUUGGAAAAGCUUGUUUUUGGUGAUAUUGAUGGAUUCGAAUCUUCUCUUAGACAUCUCGAUCUCGACAGUUAUUUAGAAGAGAUGAACCAGCAUAACAUGAUUAACGAGCUUGGUGGAGACGAUGAAAGUGACGGCGAUGAUGAAGAUGAAGAUGAAGAGGAGGAUGAAGAAGACCUUGGAGCUCUGGACGAUACCGAUCUUUUUGUUAUGGAUGAUCCCAAUGCUGAUGACAGCAAGACUGGCUCUGAAAACAGCGAUUCUGAUGACGAUGAUGACUCUGAUAAUGAUAGCAGUAUCAGUGAAGAAUCCGAGGACCUUAAUGAUAUCCUGGACGUUAAUGGUGGACAGGCCGCUUGGAUUGACAGCGAUGACGAGCGAUUACAAAUCUCUCUUGUUGACAAUAGCCGGCUGAAAAAGUUGCGGAAAACUAUAUCUGAAGAUUAUGUUUCUGGUAAAGAGUAUGCAAGACGUCUUCGUGCGAGAUUUGAAAAGGUUUACCCCGUGCCUGAGUGGGCCAAAGAGCCUGAGAGCGGUAAUGAAGAUAGCGAUGGGGAUAUUUAUAGUGAUGACGAGGAAGACGGAAAGGGUGGAAGAGUUGGUGCAGAUCCAUUAAGCCAACUGCUCCAGACUUCAGCAAGAUAUGUUUCAAACAAGAAGACCAAGCUGCUACCUCCAACUAUGCUUGAUAUUGAGCGGCUUAGUGAUGCAAACCAGGCUGCUCCUUCUCUUGCAGUCUUACAGUCGAUGCACUUCCACCCCACACAUCCAUUACUUUUAACUUCUGGUUUUGACCAGACUCUGCGUAUAUACCAUAUUGAUGGCAAGAAGAACCCCCUGGUGUCUUCAUUACAUAUUCGCAGACUUCCUUUCAAGACCGCUCUGUUCCACCCUGACGGUACUAGAGUCAUGGCAGGUGGUGCAAGGAAGACGUUCCGCAUUUGGAACAUUGAUACUGGUGAUGUGGUUAAGGUGACAAACCUAUAUGGCAAUGACGAGCAGCAACCAACAUUUGAGAAAUUCAAGUUGUCUCCAUGCGGCAAGUAUAUUGCUCUGAUAGGAAAACAGGGAUGGAUGAAUGUUCUUUCUGCUCAAACCGGCCAGUGGAUUUCCGGCGCUAAGAUUGACGAGGAGAUUGUGGAUAUUUGCUGGUACGGUGAUGGCAGCGGCGUAGUUUUGUGCAACAAGCAUGGUGAUAUUUGGGAGUGGGAUGUUGAAUCAAGAGCAUUUACCAAGAGAUGGAAAGACGAAGGUGGCAUAGGCAUUACAACUCUUUCCAUGGGCGGUAAAGGUGACCGAUGGCUUGCCGUGGGCAGUAACAAUGGUAUUGUGAAUAUUUACGAUCGCAAGACUCUGCAAAACGGUGGAUCAGAGACCGGACCCAAUGGCGAGCCACUUGUAUAUAAGCCACGGGCAGUUCUGAAGCAACUGAUUACUGCGAUUACAAGUUUGGAGUUUUCCCCUGAUGGACAAGUUCUUGCCAUGGCUAGUGACCAGAAACAGAAUGCUUUGAAGCUUGUUCAUAUUCCAACCUUUACAGUGUUCCGAAACUGGCCAACAUCUAAUACUCCACUUGGAAAGGUCUCAGCGGUAGCAUUCACACCUGGUGGUGAGAUGCUUUCGGUGGGCAAUCAGGCAGGCAAGGCGAGAUUGUGGAGACUGAACCACUACAGCAGUUAA